UUAAUUUUGAUGACAAAUGUUAACUACCUUAAUAAAGAUACGAAACACUUUACUAAACCCAGAAGCUUUCCUCAUGCCCUUUUCCAGUGAGUACUCCUUCCCCCAGUAACCACUUCUAUGUUUUCUGUCACCAUAGAUUAUGGUAAAUAACCAUUUGCCUAUUUUAGGACUUCAUAUAAAUGAAAUCAUUUGGCAGAUACUCCUAUGUGUGGGUUUUUUUUCAUUCACAUUUCUUAAGAUACAUCCAUGUCGUGGCUUGUAUCAGUUCAUAUUUAUGCCAUUUGUUCUUCUUUUGAAUCACUCUAUAUAGUAUAAGUUUGUUUCUUAACUUGUAUGUAAAAAUUAUAAUACUGCACUUUUACAAAUUUUUGAGAUAUGUAAUUCAUUGGUUUAAUUGCCAUAGAUAAUGUUACAUUGUAAGAAUAUGCCACAGUUUUUUUUUUUAAUCCUCUUCCUUAUUCAUGGACAUUUAGGUGGUCUCAUUUUUUCCCUCAUUUUAAACAAUGCUGCCACAAAUAUCAGUGGGCACUUGAGGGAGAGUUUGUCUACGGCAUGUGUCUAAAAGUGCAAUUGCCAGUUUGUAGAAUCUGCGUGUCUUGUCUUUACCAGAUAAUUGCCAUAUUGCUCUCCAGAAUUGAAUAGCAGUUUACUCAUUGCCAAUAGAGUUUAAAACUCUCUGUGUAUCCAUAUCCUCACCAACACCUGGUGUUGCCUGACUUGUUUGCCAGUCGGUGCUUGUAAAAUGGUAUUGUACGUCAUUGUUAAUUUAUUUUGCAUUUCCUUAACCACUCUUAUUGAUUCAUUAGACUGCUAGGUUUCCUCUUCAUUUAACAGUUUGUUCACCUCUUUUCCCCAUUUAUUUUUUCAUAGCAUUAUCUGUCUCUUACUGAUUUGGGGGGAGUCUGUGUAUUCUGGAUAUUAAUCCCUUGCUGAUUUUAUGUGUUGGCUGAUAUUUUUCCGGUCAGUGAGUUUAUGUUUUAACUUUGAUUUUGAUGAUUUGUAUAGAAAUUAACAUUUUAAAAAUGUGAUCACAUUUGUCAGAUUUUCCCUUUAUGGCUUGUGUAUUUUAUAUCUUGUUUAAGAAAACCUUGAGGUUAUAAAGAUAUUCGGUAUUUUCUUCUGAAAAUUCAAAGUUUUGCUCUUUAUACUUAGGUCUUUAAUCUGAAAUUGACUUUUGUGUCAGGUGGUAUGUAGAAAUCUUAACUUUUUUUCCCAUUUGAGUUGUCACUUGACCUCAAACUACUCAUUAAUGCGUUCUUUCUCUUUUGUCACUUACCCAAUUUCCUUUAUGUAUGUAUGCAUGUAUUUCCUGGCUCUGUAUUCUGUAUAUUCUCUGUCUGUUCUUGCACCAAUGCCCUUAUUGUUCUUAUUUCCUAUAGGUUUAUAAUAAGUCUUGAUAUAUCUGAUAAAGAUAGCCAGCCCCCCUCCUUCGGAAUUACCUUAACUCUUCCUAAUCCUUUACUGCUCUUUGUGAAUUUUAGGGUCACCUUGUCCAUUCUGUAAGAAACAAAACAAAAAUCAAAAACUUGUCUUAAGAUUUUGUUUUAAUUUACAAUGAAUCCGUAGAUUAGUUUGGAGACAAUUGACAUUAUUGGUUUAGAGUCUUACUGUCUAUGCACGUAAUAUAUUUCUCUACUUAGGUCUUUUUUAUGUCCUUUAAUAAAGUUUUAUGCUUUUCUUUCUAAAGUUUUUUUUUUUUUUUUUUAGUACAUUUUUAUUGAGGUAUAAUUUACAUAGCAUAAAACUCACCCCACUCUAUAAAGUUCUUGCAUAUAUGUUGUUAGGUUUUUUUACCAGGUACCUUUUAAUUUUUAUUUUGAGAUACCUUAUAGUUAUUGUGUGGUAGCCUGUUUGCUUUCUAAAAUUUUUGUCCUGGUGCAUAAGAAAGUUUUACCCAUUGUUUUCUCGGUUUGGGCUGGCAGGAAAAAAUUGUCUUAAGAAAUCUGAAAAAGACUGAGGACCUUUUAUUUUCUUUCAUGAACUAGGAUAGGAGAGAAACCCUCAUUGCAGCAUAUGAUGGUAAUGUGAAAAGGAGAGCUGGAAGCCCAGUCUCAGGCGAUUGAAGAAGAUAAAAGAGUGACAAGGAACUCUCCAAAUCUUAGACGUGUUCCUAAAUGUUCACACCAACAGAAAGGAGGCCUGCCUCUAACUCCUCCCUUCCCUUCAAGUUUAUAAUUGGUAUCACUCUAUACAUUCAUGUAUCCAUUUACUUAUUCAUAUUAUUUUUAAUUAAAAUAGGGAGUUCUUACUCUACACUAGGCUAAUACCAUACAUGUGGAAUUAAAAUGUUAUUUUGUAAAAUUAAAUUUUACAAAAGAGUGCUGUGAAAAAGACGUAAAGUUAGUUGGGUAGCCUUGCAACUAGGCUAUCAAUGUAACACUUUCUAAACCUCUUUUUCACAUAUAUUUUUAUAUUUAGUCCUCAUAGCAGUCCUUAGUCACUUUUACAGAUAAGGAAAGUAUUGUUCCUGACAAAAAAUGAUUUAACUAUAAAAUGAUAGAACAUUUUAUUAUGAGUUGCCUCUGAUUUUGAUUCCUUUUGUAUAUAGUUCAUAGUAACUUCUACAUGAGUCAUCUUUGAGCACUGCACGGAAAGGCAUUGUAUAAAGCGAUCUAAAAAGAAUACUGCGAGAAAACCACUAAAAAAGGCAGUGACAUAACUCCCGUGUUUAUUUCCUACACCUGACACCAAGGCAGCCACCUUAGUUUGUAGGUACUCCCUGUGCAUUGUUACUUAAUAAUGAUAAAUGAAAGCUUCUAAUAGGCUGAGAGAUUGAUAUGGGGCAGAAACUGAAGACAUAAAGGAAACCUGCAGUGAUUAACUGAGCAGUGACUUAAAUUUCUAUUCUUAGAAUUACUCUUCAUUCCAUUUUCAAAGAACUUCUCUUUAAGAUUCUGGCCAUUUGGCCUUUCUGAUCCUUUCAACACAAUGGAACAUAUUAGGAGAUUAUGGCAUCCAUGCAAGUCACUAUAUAUGCCUUGUUUCCUGGGUCCACGGGAAGCAUGAGUCUGUUGGGACUUGGGACAAGAAGAAAACAAGACAUCUUCACAAGAAAAAACAGACAUUAACAAAAAGUAUCCCAAAGUCUGAAGAGCUAGAACACAAACAUGGCCGACAGAGGACUUAGGGAUCCUGCAGAGGCCUCUCAAGAGGAUUUGAAAAAUGACCCAUCAGUAAGUUCUCAGGCACAGGAGACCAUAGUCACAGCAAGUACCACUGAAGAAGCUCAGACCCCAGACCCUGUCUCUGGUCUUAACAAAGUCCACCAAGAGGUAGAAAAUAUAGGUCCAGGAAGUGCAGACGCAGGUGAUCAAUCAGAAGAUUCAGAUGAAACAAAUUAUGGGAACUAUCCAAAGGAUAAAACAGAACAUGAGAACAACCAGAGCUUUCAGGAUGAAGAGCAAGGCCAUCAACUCCCUGAUUCAGAAAGUCCAGGUGAAAAACCCUUGGAUCCAGAACCCAGCUGUUCUCCAAGUGACAAGGUGGGAAGAGAUGAUGUGCUCUUACGAGGCGACUCUGCAGCCCUCCCUGAGGAAGUGAGCAGCGGACCUGGAGUUGCACAGGAGCCACCUGCCAUGGACCCUCAGGAUGCCCCAAGCCCUGAUCGUUCCCAUGCAGGGCCAGAGAACCAGGGCACAGUGCGGAGGCGACUGCUGGCGCCAGCAGAGGCUGAAAGUCAUCAACAGGAAACACAAAGGUUGGAAGAAAAGAAAGAGAGUGCACUGGAUACCAGAAGAAAGAUGAAUAAAAAAGAUUAUUUGCGUUAUGGCUCCAUCUUUUUUGGCUCUGUGGUCACGACUCUUGUUUUGCUAAAUUGGGGUAAUAGCUACUAUUCCUCUUCAGCCCAGCAAGUGCCCAAAAAUCCAGCUUUGGAGGCCUUUUUGGUUCAUUUCAGCCAACUGAAGGAUAAAUUCCCAGGCCAGAGUUCCUUUUUGUGGCAGAGAGGACGUAAAUUUCUCCAGAAACACCUCAAUGCUUCAAACCCCACUGAGCCAGCCACCAUCAUAUUUACAGCAGCUCAGGAGGGAAGAGAGACCCUGAAGUGCCUGAGCCACCUCGUUGCGGAUGCCUAUACCUCUUCCCAGAAAGUCUCUGCCAUUCAGAUUGACGGGGCUGCAAGAACCUUGCAGGACAGUGAUGUGGUCAAGCAGUUGGUUGACACGGAGCUGAGCUCAGGAUUUGAGAAUGGCCAGAAGGCUGCUGUGGUGCACCACUUUGAAUCCCUUCCCGCAGGCUCUACCUUAAUCUUCUACAAGUAUUGUGACCAUGAGAAUGCUGCCUUUAAAGAUGUGGCCCUGGUCCUGACUGUUCUCCUAGAGGAGGAAACAUUAGAAGCAAGUGUCGGCCCAAGGGAAACUGAAGAAAAAGUGAGAGAUUUCCUCUGGGCCAGGUUUACCAACUCAGACACUCCCAGCUCCUUCAACCACAUGGACUCUGACAAAUUGAGUGGCCUCUGGAGCCGGAUUUCACACCUGGUGCUGCCCGUCCAGCCUGUGAGGGACAUCGAAGAACAGGGGUGCCGGGGUGCCUUUUAUAAGCUAAGCACGGAGUUGGUUUUUGAGGCCUAGAUUUAUUAAAAAGUUAGUUGAAGAGCCUUCUGUUUCUGUGGAAGGAGGUUAUGAAAAGCCUGGAGAACACAAAUGAGCUUAUUUUAGAAAAAGAUUCUCUUUUUUACCUUUUGUAAAAUCUUUCUAAGCUUGACAAAACUUGACUUUUUUCCCUGGCCUUUGAAGCAAAUCAGGUUUGAAAUCUGCAUAGAAUAUAUAACUGAGGCUUUUUUUUUUUUUUUUUUUAAUCCAGAAAUAGAGCAACAGAAUGAUUGCAUGGGAAGAUAAUCUUCUCAGAAUGACUAAAAUGAUUUUUGUUUUCUUGAGAGUCUAAGGAGUCUUUUGGGUAGUGUUUGGACUGAACUACAGCAGUUACAGUUAUGAAGCAAGGAUAAUUUAAAAAAUGUUUUUUCUAUCACAUAUUAAAAUAUUUUAAAAACUGAUUUUAAUAACCUAGUCAUGGGAUUACAUCUUCUACUAAUUUGCAUUUUUGAAUAGUUUGAAAAGAAAUAUGAAUUCAAGUACUGAACUGUAUGUAAGGCACUGUGCUUUUAUUCCAUUAAUGGGCUAAGGUAAAAGCAACUGUUCUUAAGAAAUGUUCUUGAAAAUUGGGAACAAGGGAAAGAAUUAACUAUAACCAUUGGAAAUGAAGAAAUUCCAAUUGGCUGUAUCUUUACUUCGCUUUCUUGAAUGUUUUAGAACCAUGAUUUCCAAGCUAUGUCUACUGGCAACCCUAUUCUUUUUAUCAGGGAGGUUCUGCAUUUGAUUGCUUCAGGUAGUGGGAUUCUCCAUAAGAUAUAAUUGGAACAAAGAGUUCCACUGAUAAUGAAAUUUGAAAAUUGCUGAUUAAGUGAAAAAAAAAUCUUAGAAGAUAGGAAAAUGGGUAGGAAAAUGAUGAAUGUAUUAGAACUCAUGAGUUGGAAGAGGAUGAAAUACAGGUUUAUUGUAUAGACAUGCUGUUUAUGAAAGAUAAAGACCUAUAGAUGAACAGCAGAAUGUAUAAACUAGUAUUUACUAAGCAUAUAUAUAUGUAUAUAUAUAUAUAUAUACAUACACAUAUAUAUAUAUAUUUUAAGCGGGUGUGUGCACAGGAGCGUGUGUGCAGGAGAGUGAAGGGGCAGGAGAGGAUAGAGAAAGAGGCAGGGAGAGAAUCUCAGGCAGGCUCCACGCUCAGAGCAGAGCCUGACGCAGAGCUCAGUCUUGUGACUGUGAGAUCAUGACCCGAGCCGAAAUCAAGAGUUGGAUGCUUGAGGCGCCUGGAUAGCUCAGUCGGUUAAGCAACUGACUUCGGCUCAGGUCAUGAUCUCGCGUUCGUGGGUUUGAGCCCCGCGUCGGGCUCUGUGCUGACAGCUCAGAGCCUGAAGCCUGCUUCGGAUUCUGUGUCUCCCUCUCUCUCUGCCCCUCCCCCGCUCGUUCUCUGUCUCUCAAAAAUAAAUAAACGUUAAAAAAAAAAAAAAAGCGUGGGAUGCUUAACCUGUUGAGCCACCCAGGCACCUCAGUAUUUGCUAAGCAUCUCUCUGAUGGUUUUGUUAAUUUCUCUUAAUCAUCAUUUCUGUCUCCCCUGAAGGGAGUUUUAUAAUUGUCUAGGAUGACAGUUUGAGUACAAUUUAAGCAGAAUAGAGUUUAAUAACUAAUUGAAUAGGUUUUAUAUGGGUGUGGUAGCAUAACUUUACCAUGCUGGUUUACUUGCUGCGCAGUGAUGGCAUAUUAUAUAAUGCAGCCCAUUUCUUAACUAGAUGGUUAGAAAUGCAAGAGAUACUAUACUUAGUAAAAGGAAGCAGACAUGGAAAAUAGAUUCUAAGAGGUUUUAAUGACCAGUAUUAAUUGUUGGACCGUGUUCUGUGAUUGCAAGUAAGAUUGAGAACAGUGUUUAUGGAGACAAUAGUUGUUGGUUUGCCUUGCAGCUCUGAAAGCAGAACUCUAGUAAAAUUAUCUUGACCCAGCGAAGGGUCUUUUCCAUGGCAUGGCAUGGCAUGGCUAUAGGAACUAUCAUCAUGAUCCUGUAAUAUUUCAACUAGGUUUCGGCCUCUCUGCUGCUGUGAGAGAAGAAUAUGUAUAUAUAAUGUGUGUGUGUGUGUGUGUGUGUGUGUGUGUGUGUGUGUGUGUGUAUCUUCCUAGUGUUUCCGAAAAUCCUUCCAGGUUUUAAUCAUGUGAUUUCUUUUGUACAUUAAUCAUAUUGCCAAUUAAAGCAUGAAAGAAGUCACAUGAUUAAAGCAUGUAAGGAUUUUCAGAAACACUAGGAAGAUACAGGGAUCUUUAUUGAUACCUAAAAAGAGAUCACAAAGACAUAGGGGAAGAAUCUAUUGGAAAAUAUCUGUCACCGGAAAAACACAUAAAUCUGUUCUAACCACGGUCUUAAGUGGUGUUCAGUUGAGUGUAGGGGCACACCUAAAGGAACUAUUUUCAUUUGUGACUCUGAAGGAAUCUUUCAAAUAGAUUUGAGGAAAAACCUGCUUGAACAAGAAGAUAAACCAUAGUGAAUAUAGUAUCAAUAUCAAUCCAAUAUAAAAUCAGAGGAAAUUGAAGAAAAAUCUAUAUACUAAUGUUUGAAUUUUUUUUUUUUUUUUGUAUUUCUAGAUCUCAGGUGUCAGCUAGCAUUCUGUCACACAAAACCAAUGGUGCCUUGUAGAAUUGUUCUGUUGGUCUGCUGACCUGUGCUACCUCAGAUCUAUGAAGAGCCAGUAUAAAAUGUGCAUAUAUAUCAGUGAUUCGGAACACAGAUGAAACAAAAAUUUUAGUUUCUUCAUUCAGUUGAAUAUGGUUUUUCAUCAUUUCCUUUUCAUACGAUUAAGAAAAUGGUUUUAAAAUGGCACUUUUUUUUUUAAUGUUUAGCCUGUAUUAAAAAACACUUUUCCUUCCAUGUGUAAGUGCAAUCAUCUGAAGCUAUUGUCAGUUUUCUGUUCACUAUUUCAAAACUUAUUUUAAAAAGCAGUAUAUUAACUCUGGAUCUAUUCAUGAAUAAAAUGAUUAUUUUUAAAACAUAAAA